GGGCUGAACUGGGCUGAACUGGGCUGGGGAAAGCGGCAGCGCGCCGGAAAGAGCCGAAGGUGUCCGGAAAUUGCCGAAGAGGGGGGGGAGGAAGCGGAGCGGGCCGGAAGUGAGCGCAGGGGCGCCGGAAAGAGCCGAAGGUGUCCGGAAAUUGCCGAAGCGCCGCCAUGUUGCUGCCGCUGCUCCUCGGGCUCCUGCAGGUUUCGGGGGCCCUGGGGGGGUGCGUGGAGGUGGCCUCGGGCACCGAGGCCGUGCUGGGGGCGCCGUUCCGGCUGCUCUGCAUCGCCUGCAAGCGCCGCAGCGAGACCCCGGCCGAGGCCGAGAGCGAGUGGUUCUUCCGGCCCGAGGGGGCCCCCCACUUCGAGAAGAUCCUGCACUACAGCCCCGAGGAGGGCGAGUGGGUGGCUCCCGGGCCGUUUUGGGGGGUGCUGUCCUGGAACGGCUCGCGGGGCACGCGGGACCUGCAGGACCUGUCGGUGUGGCUGCAGGCGGUGCAGCGCGGCCACGCCGGGCACUACGUGUGCCGGCUGCGGCGCAACCUGACCUUCGAGGGCUACACCUACAGCCUGGCCAGGAACCAGACCCUGCGGCUGGCCGUGGUGGAGAAAGCGCGGCGGGACCUGGCGUCCAUCGUCUCCGAGAUCCUGAUGUACGUGCUGAUCGUGGUGCUGACGCUCUGGCUCGCCGCCGAGAUGCUCUACUGCUACCGCAAGGUGGCGGCCGCGGCCCCGCCCCCCGACAGCGCGUGAGUGGGCGGGGACGCCGAAAAACCCGGCGAAAACGGGGCGAAAAACGGGGAAAUUGGGGUUAAAGUGGCGGGAAGGGGCGUGGCUUAAUGGGUGUGGGCGUGGCUUAAUGGGUGUGGGCGUGGCUUGGGGUUGGGAGUGAUCCAAGGGGGCGUGGCUCAAUUUUGGGAAUGGAGGAAGUUAAAA